UGUGCCGCCUGGCGGGGGAACGGCGGGGGCAGCGCCGGUAGCGGACGCAGGAGCAACAAUGGAUUGGCCCCAACAAAGAUGUCACAAGUUUUGGGAUAAGACAUCCCAUCUGAAAUGGAGGUGAUCCAGGGAGCUGAAUGCUGACUGCACCGACAUGGGGUUGCGACUCGUGGCUUGUGUUUUCCAUUUGCCCACUGCAGUGAUCUACGGGUCCCUGUCGCUGUUUGUUUCCAUUUUGCACAACGUGUUCCUCCUGUACUACGUGGACACUUUUGUCUCUGUUUACAAGAUUGAUAAACUGUCCUUCUGGAUUGGAGAGACAGUGUUUCUGAUCUGGAACAGCCUCAAUGACCCUCUGUUUGGCUGGCUGAGCGACCGAGUGUUCCUUAGCACACAGCAGCCAGGAGCAGAGAUUUCCUCCCCUGAAGUAGUUCUGAAGAGACUCAAAGCACUAAGCCACAAUGGCCCCCUCUUUGCCAUCUCUUUCCUGGCUUUCUGGGUUGCAUGGGCUCAUCCUGGUUUGCAGUUUCUCCUUUGCCUUUGCAUGUAUGACAGCUUCCUCACCAUGGUCGACCUCCAUCACAAUGCCUUGCUUGCAGACCUGGCUGUUUCAGCAAAAGACAGGACAAGCCUCAACUUCUACUGCUCCCUCUUUAGUGCCAUAGGCUCCCUCUCUGUCUUCACGUCCUACGCAGUGUGGAACAAAGAGGACUUCUUUUCCUUUCGCAUAUUUUGCGUCCUGCUGGCCCUCUGCUCCAUCGUUGGCUUCACUCUGUCCACGCAGUUGCUCCGCCAGCGCUUUGAGUCUGGUGGGAAAGCAAAAUGGGACCAGGAAUCAACCCUAAAAGAGCUGUACAUUGAGAAACCAUCCGUCCCUCCGGAGAAGAGGAUCACCCUGGCAGAGUAUCUGCAGCAGCUCUCCCGGCAUCGCAACUUCCUCUGGUUUGUCGGCAUGAACCUCAUCCAGGUUUUUCACUGCCACUUUAACAGCAACUUCUUCCCUCUGUUCCUGGAGCACCUGCUGUCAGACCAGAUCUCUGUCUCUACAGGAUCCUUCCUGCUUGGUGUUUCCUACAUUGCCCCCCACCUCAACAACCUCUACUUCCUGUCCCUCUGCCGCCGAUAUGGGGUGUAUGCUGUGGUGCGAGGACUCUUCUUCCUGAAGCUGGCUCUCAGUAUUGUCAUGCUCCUGGCAGGACCGGAUCAGGUGUAUCUGCUCUGCCUCUUCAUUGCCAGCAACCGGGUGUUCACAGAAGGGACCUGUAAGUUGCUCAACCUGGUGGUCACCGACCUGGUGGAUGAGGAUCUAGUCCUGAACCGCAGGAAGCAGGCGGCCUCAGCGCUGCUCUUUGGGAUGGUGGCUCUGGUCACCAAGCCCGGCCAGACCUUUGCCCCUCUGAUUGGCACUUGGCUGCUGUCUGCGUACACAGGUUACGACAUCUUCCAGCGCAACCCCUUGAGCAAUGUGGUGAGUGCCCAGCCGAAACUGGAGUCUCCUGCAUUCCUGGAGCCAACGCUUCGCCAGGGCUGCUUUUACCUCCUUGUCUUCGUACCCAUCACAUGUGCGCUGCUGCAGCUCCUCAGCUGGUCUCGGUUCAGCUUGCAUGGGAAACGUCUGCAGAUGGUGAAGGCUCAGCGCCAGAACCUGACCCAAGGCCAAGCACAAGAGGUCAAAACGAUCUAGGGGUGCCCAAGCCCGGAGGAUGUGACUGGGUGCAGGCUGGUGGGCUGAGACUGCCCAAUGUUUACAGCUCCACUGUGAAAUGCUGUAAUGCCAAUCUUUAUCCAUUCCAAGAGGUGGCCACUGGGGAAGGCAGAGAAGUUCAGCAUGAGAGGCCUGGGGCAGAUCACUUGGCCACAGGAGCAAGAGCAUUUGAUCCUGACCUGUCGUAGGAAGCAGCGUGGUGGUGCUGGGUUGCAGUGUGUGCUAGAGACAGACAGAGAACCACAGGGAACCACAGCCUCUGGCAGAGUGAGAGAACUGCACAGGGAGUCCUGCCUUGCUAGAGCCCUGCAACUGUGAGGAGUGGAGUAGGAGGCUCCUGAGGGACCAAGUGACUGAGGGGUUGACAGCAGGAGCAGGGAUGAGAGGACCCUGAAGGCCUUUCCCAAUAGAUGCUACAACCUCUCCCACAUACAGUGCUACAGUUCUUGGACCAAAUCCACUAAAGCAUUUCUUGUUCCCAGGACAAUAUCUUGCACAGCCAGGGUCUGCCAGCUGUGCUUGUUUUAUGCUGAGUUCCCUCCUUUGUAGCCUUGCAGGGGGAGUUGUUGCAGGCUGGGAAAGGCACUGGGCUUGGAGCCUUGAGCUGUAACAUGGCAUUCGGCCUCCUGCUGCCUGUGUUUAUUCCUCCUCUCCCCUCCACAACCCUGUCUUAGCACAGUGUCACAGCUGAGAGCCCCCUCCCACUCUGGCAGCGGCUGUAGGGCUUAGGUCAGAGAACCAGCCCCUAACCCAGCCAUGGAAGUGCCUCCCUGCCCAGGGCCCUCCCAGGUGACAGGCAGCCUGGCACCUUCCCCUCUUGCAGGAGGAGAGCACAGCCUGGAGGAGAUACCAGGACUUGCUUUUGUGCCUUCGAUUCCUCCUUGGAGCCUUUCUGAGAACGCUGGGCUGGCACAGGGCUGGGAUUCUACCCCUGUGGGGAGAGACAAAACAUCUCAGAUGCUCUCCAUUUGAAAUGGUGCCCCAGAGUGUGACCAGAUCUGUAGCUGCCAAGCCAUGUGCCCGAGGGGAGCAGGUGGUUUUGGUUGGGGAGAGGUAAGUCACCAAAGGGAUCCCUGAGGUCAGGGAGUGUCUCCCCACUCCCUGCAUUGCAUUUGGGGGUAGGCAGAAGUGAUGUGCCAAAGCAGAGCUCUGCCCUGUAUGUGCCUGCAGCAGGAGGGGUGUGCAGGCAGUGUCUGAAAGUGUGCACAUAGCAAUGUGCUGGUCAGUGCCAGGCUCCCUCUGGGGUCACCCACAAACCUGCCAUUCUGCCUCAGGACAUGGCUGCCUUCUGUCUUGGACCAAGACGUUCCUGCUGUGAGGCUCCUGUAGCUCUUGUUCCAAUCAGUAAGUUACAUGCAACUUAACCACAAGGUUUGGGAAUGAUUCUUCAUUUCAUAAAUUAAAGAGAAUCUUUUCUGUA